ACGAUGUUUCGUCUCACUCUCCAUCUGAUUAGGGGCCGGAUGGUUGCAUCCAUGGCCUUGAUUUGAUCCUCAAUUAAAUUUCUUUUGGCAGCAGCAGUGAUUCUGACCCUUAAGAGUGUCAUGACUUAUGAAUGGCUUUAACUUGACGUUUGGAACGUCCCCCCUAUUAUUAACGUUAGCUAAUAAUUAAAUUGAUGGAUCAUUUCACCUGCAUCAAAUAUGUCGUCAGGAGGGAAUGCCAUUGCUACCAUUCAAUCAAGGGGUUCAUCGCUAUCAUAUGUAUGAGCAUAUUGACACAUAGACUUCGCUUGCGGAGUGCGUAUUUAUCAUUAUCGACAAAGGGAGGUGUUUGAUAUCAGCUCAACAGUGGAUAUGUGGCCACGCAUUUGCUGAUGUGUGAUGAUAAUAUCGAUUUUCUUUUUUUUUUUGCUUUUUGGAAACGUCAGUCCUAUAAUUGAAUUUGUGAAAUUAUUAAUGAUCGAUAUAUGCUGGCGAUAGAUAUUCUGAGUUUUGAUUGAAACCAGUUUUAGAAUUUGGUCCACGACAGGGGAAACCUGAGUUUGUGGCUGAUUAUAUGCCUCGUUUUCCUUGAUUCAGUAGCAUCCAGCCAGUUCAGCACAUUCAUUAUUGAGAAGGAGAUGGUGACAAGCAUAUUUUUAUUAUUGGUAUGAUUGUGGGGUAAAAGAAAAUGACCUAAAAGGUAUGGGGAGUACGGCAGCGCUAUAUUUUUUGGUUUCUUCUUCUUCUUUCCCCUAUUUUAACAAUGGAAGAUAGGUAUGAAAAUUGGAAAAGAGUGGUUCAUGAUUAGAGGAAUUUUCUAGUACAAUUCAUUGAAUUCAAAAUUUCAAGGAGACCAUAUCUUUCUUUUCAUAUUUUUGUUGUUAGGAAAAGUGUCUAAAUUAAGGGGCAAGAUCUUG